CUAUCACACCUUCAUUCAACUUUUUACAUAGCUCCUCCUCACCACCCCCAUACGUGAAAUGGUCUAGCCCUAAAGUAAACCAGGAUUAGAUGUUUGAACCCAUAGGUUAAACAGAACAUGUUGGUAUUUCCUGGUAGUCACAAUGCCCAGUCACGUGUGUAAAUACGGGCAUGUUUACCUGUCUAGAUACACUACAGUACCGUCUGGGAUCAUGGUAAACGUGUUAUAAUCCGAUAUCUAGUGUCAUGUUUAUGACAUAGAUACAUCCAAUUACUGAAUGCUGUAUACUUUUACACGCAGUACAUACGGCAGUGACAAAGAAAAGGCCGGAAAAGUAUAUGUUGACAGUUAUGAAACAUUCAUUCUCGAUAUCAACGACUACCAAGACGAUCAGAAAACGUCACAAAUGUGGUGCAUUUCCUGAAACACAGUUAUUGACAGACUACGUUAUAGGACAAACACAUCAAUUUUCAUUGCCAAAAUUUUAUUGUGGUAACAAUUACGUACAUGCAUUGAGUCUGUGUGUGUUAGUUCAAUGAGGGAAUUUCUUCUCCAUGAUUUUCCUCUGCAGUCAUCCAGCGCUGACUGGUCCGUUGGUCGAUAUUUAUAGAGAUGACAGAAAUGUUCAUCAUAUGAAUAUGAUGCCUUCUCUGAGAAGAGUCACCUCCUACAAGUGGUUAGUCAUGUACCGGAAUAACAACAACCCGUGUCAGCCGCGCGGGUUUAACGGGCUGUGUUUGCUGUGUACACACGUCUCUUGUACAGCCCGGUUCUGUCAGGAACAAUACGAAGCGCCACUUGUUAACUUUUCACAUGGGACAUCUCACAGGAAAGGUCGCCAGACUUGUGAUCAGUCGGCGAAAGACGUGACAGAAAUCAGUACCGACGUCUGGUCGCGGUGUGUUGUACUGCAGGUGUCCCCCUGUGACAUCACCUGUGUAACCAAACACCUUGUCGUUGUGUCACCUGAGAGUUCCCAUGCAUGACGUCACCCAGGUACAUUCAGGUUAAAAUAGGUAGUGACGGGAAACGCCCUGUUUGAAUUAGCGACGUUCGGUUGGUUAGCCGUACGCGGGGAUCCCAGCCUGUGUUGUUUAAUCCCAUGUAACUUACCUGUAUUCUAAAGGUGAAAACGAUACUCUAACCUCUCACCUGCCGACCCCGGCAGUUUGACGUGUAAUUUUAUCCGGGCCGUCACGUCGUUACAAAUCGUUGGCCCUUCUUUUCACAUCAAUUUGAACUUUGUGGUCCCUUUGGAAGGAAGUCAUUGUGUCUGCCGCCGGCUUCAUUGUUCACGCACGUCACCUCACGGGUCAACUGUGCCCAAUUGCAAGGCGUGUUUUGAACACAGAGGCCCCUGCCUGCAGUUUCGCAGUCAGAACUGGUUUUUCUAGUCGUUUGCCCUCCAAUAUGUUAAUCCCGACUCCCGGCCACGUAUCUCCUUUCUCCAAGAUGGCAGACGUCGGUGACAACAUACCGCCUGAAGACGCGGACCAAGGGGUUGUUCUGGACGGGGAGGCGGCCGUCGAGGCCCCGAAGGACGAGGCAGUCCCCACGGAAGUCACAGAGCCCCAAACGGUUCCAACUGACCCACCUGUGAAACAACAGGAGGAGGAUUUACCAACACCAACAAACGGAGAGUCCGUGGGACAGGAGUUACCUGUCAUCCAUGAAAACAACGACUCCUUGCCACAAGCGCCGACGGUGUCAGACAGCGGAUUGAGUCCCGAGACCGACAAGAACACGUCUCCUGACACGACUACACCCCAACCAGCUGACACAAGCGGUGAAAAGACCAACAACGAGACGCCAGUCACUAGCACACCUGAUAUACACCAACCCGCGGACUCAUCUUCCACAGGUUUAAUUGCCUCGGGUGAUUCCAAACCUGAUCAGGCGCCACCAGCUGCAGUUUCGAACGAUACUGCAGCUGCAAACACCAAAACGCCAGAAAUCACGACCAGUAACGGAACAGGACCUGUCACCAGCACCCCUAACGCAGCGAAGACGGUAAGCACACCUGACCAGGGUUUUAAAAUUCCUUCCACUUCCAAGACAAAUGGUCCGUCCUCGGCAUCCAGCCGUUCGGGCACUCCGAACUUGAAACCCGCCGGCACACCAACCCACCGCCGUGUGGCUUCUUAUUCUGGAGACCCGGCAAAAAGUCUGUCAGCGGCCGCCAGGGAACAGGGCUUCCUCGUCUGUCAGAUUUGUUCUCGCCUUUUCAUCAAGCCCAAAUUACUAGACUGUCUGCACACAUUUUGUCUUGAUUGCCUGCGAAAACAAGUGCCCCUGGGGGCUACAAAAUUCGUCUGCCCAACUUGUGACGAGGCAGUGUCAUUGGAAGGGAAGGAGAACGGGGUGGACGACCUCAGGGAUGACGUUUUCAUGGACGGGUUAGCCGAGGCGUUUAAACACCAACAAGGGCUGAAGGAGACCAAGGACAUGACUGCGGAUAUCAUGUCCUCCGUCUGUAACAUCUGCCCGGAGAAGACGCCUGCUGCCUCUCACUGUGUCCAAUGUUCGGACUUCCUCUGUCAGGAGUGCUCCAAGAUCCACCACCGUACGAAGUACACCAAGGCCCACCGUGUCCUCAGUCUCAAGGACUUCAAGUUUCUCCGUCACGAGGAAAAUUACCAACAGCGAGCCCGGCAGAUGGUCGCCUGUCCGAAACACGAUGGGGAAUAUCUGAAGUUCUUCUGCGAUAGCUGUCAAACCCCGGUCUGCUUGCUGGGGCUGUUUGACGAACACAAAGACCACAAGUACUCCCAAAUGAAAGACAUCGUUUCCAAGACGAAGAUGGUUAUAGAUACAUUCCUCCGGUCCACAAACGACCAGAUCAGGGCGUUCGAAACCGCCAUGAGCGUGGUCGCAGAGGUAGAGAAGGACAAGAAAAAGCAGAGGGAGGAUGCAGAGAGGGAGAUCAUGGAAAGGGUAGAGCUGUUCACCAAGUCUAUACUGGACUACAAGGACGGUCUGCUCAGCGAUCUGGACAUGAUGUUUACCCAGGAAAGGGUAGAGCUGUCCACGGAGAGGGAAAAGCUAGAAUUCCAGGUCGCCAAGCUGAAGUCGAGCUGCGAAUUUACAGAAAAACUCCUGAAAUACGGGACCCAGACCGAAGUGGUCGACUAUCAGGAACACGUGACCAACCGACUGAACCAGCUGUCGUGUCUCGUUCCCAGGCAGACCGUGGGUGACAUCGACGCCAUCAGGGCCACAAAACUCAAGUUCAUCACUGAGGACGCAGACGUGCAGUACAUCGUGCAAAAGCUUGGCUACAUAGAAAACCAGGCUCCCGACAUUCUGAACCUGUCCACGGAUGGCCGGAAGUCCAGUCUGGGCGACAUCCUGGACACAUCGGAUAGCCUGAAGGUCAGCGGCCUGGCGGACGGAGAGGAGGACGAGGGGGUGGACCCAGGGGUGUCUGGGAGAGCCAGGCUGAUGUUGGAGUUCGGAGGAAAAGGAGAUGACGAUGGGCACUUCAUGGCACCGGCGGGCGUGCAGGUCACUAAAGACGGGGACUUUGUGGUCGCUGACUCGGACUCAAGACGUCUACAGGUGUUUGACUCAAGCGGCAAGUUCAAGUACAAGAUCAAGACGUCCAUGUACCCACGGAACGUGGCCAUCACUCAGGACAACAUCUUCAUCGUGAGCGGGAACCUGCACGGGGAGGGGAAGGUGCAGAUGCUGACUCCGACAGGAAGUUUCCUAGGCGAGUUUGGUACAGCGGGGCAGUUUGAGUACGCGUACGGGCUGGUGGUGGAUAAGAACGGGCGGAUUGUGGUGACGGACGUGCACAAACACCGGGUCAGCAUCCACCUGCCGGACGGGCGCCUCAUCCACCAGUUCGGAGUGUUUGGAAAUGAGGACCAUCAUUUCAACAAACCGUACAACGUCGCCAUCAACGCCAAGAACAACAUUCUGGUCUCCGACAAGCACAACCAGUGUGUCAAGAUGUUCGACUCGCGAGGAACUUUCAUCAAAAAGGUGGGGCGAGACGGAACGAAAGACAACAAUCUUGUCUUCCCGUACGGGCUUUGUGUGGACGCUACUGAUGACAUCAUCGUGGCCGACAGCACGCCCCAUCCCGUCAAGCUGUUCGACUGCGAGGGCAAGUUCAGGGAGUAUCUCAUCAUCAGCGACGAGCCGCAGCAAGGGCCCAGGGCGCUCUGCAUUACACCAGAAGGUCGCCUGGUGGUGUCCGAGCGAGAUAAGCAAGUCGUGAGGGUUUACAGUUUAUCGUAACGUGCUGCCACAGCAAACAAAAUCGUCACUGGAUGUGGAUCAGUAUUUGCGAAAAAAUAAGUCAGAAGCUUAGGAAACUGGUAUAGCGUUCCAGUGGAUUUGUUUCAAUUAUUGUGUUAGAAGAUCUAUAUGAUGGUGACGGUAUAUACUAUAACUGCGAUGAUAUCGAUACUAUUAGUAUCCAAGACAUAUGAAUUGUUGCUACUUGACAUCUUAUAUCUACGGGUUUAUGUAGAUCGUUAGAGUCUAUAUAGUGAAUACUGAGCAAAGACCUAACCCUAAUAACUGAGGCCACUGAGAAAGCUGUGAACCAAAGUAUCGUACUGAUCGAUGUUGUUUGAUUUAGUCCAUUGUCCAAAAUAGUAGUUGCAGGUUACCGGCCGCGCCCAGCAACGGUUGAGAUUUAUUCGAACAUCGAACAUAUUGUUUCGCAGUGCAGACAAAUGACCUAUGGUUAAUGAAAGAACUGUGUGCUUACUCAGGAAGUGUCAGUUUGUGCGAGGGGGGUAAGGUAUUGUGCAAUAGAUAAUGAAGUUCAUCAUUUUUCUGCUCCUCUGCCCUUUACUGUCGCCGUUGCAUCAUUAUAAAGCAGUAAACCGUCUCCCAACGUCAUAGCUUUUCAAUGAAGUAUCUAACGUUAGACUUACAUAGACGAAUCUAGCAAGGGAUGUGCCUAACGUUACGUUUGGUAACGAUGUAAGUGAGGACACUAUUACAUGUAACGUAGGUAUGUCCUUUGUUUGUGGCACAAUUAUUGAUGUGUGUGCCGUUGUAUAUGUAUUGGGUAAUAUUGGUGCUAGACACAUAUCGACCUAGUUUUGGCAUAGAGUACUGGAAGGCAAUACGAUAUAUCCUCUGUAUCGAAUUUGGGCAUAUAGCCAAAAUAGCUAUUAGUGUUAGGUGAAAUAGAGCAAUAUUUUAUGUAUGUCUCAGAGUUGAUACCAAGUUCAAUAAUAUUAAGAAGUUUAUGAGUUAACGCUACAGAGAUAACCCCAGAUAAUUAAUAGAAUUUUGUAUUUACCUAAAACGUUAUAUUGGAUAGAUAGAUAUAAGAGUUCAUGUCUUACUAGUUACUAGUAAUGUCUAUUAGACGGUGGAUAUAAGUGCGAACUUCUUCAACAUGUAGUAAAUUAACAUUCAGUCACGUUUCUAUGGGAAAGGUGAAUAUAUAUAUAUAUAUAUAUAUAUAUAUAUAUAUAUAUAUAUAUAUAUAUAUAUAUAUAUAUAUAUAUAUAUAUAUAUAUAUAUAUAUAUAUAUGAUAUAAAGGUGAAAGGCGUGGGUGCUGCUAUGUUUAUGGAGGUAUUAAAGACGACGAGGAAAA